AUGCCUGUCGCUGAUGAAAUCCAAUCGUCUUGGGCUGAUGAAGUUGAGAUAGAUCAGGGUGCUCUUCCACCUCCUUCUGAAGUUGUUGAAAAUGGUCUCAAGAUUGUCACAGAAUACAAAUAUGACAAUGAUAAUAAAAAAGUUAAAAUUGUGCGCACAUACAAGAUAGAAAAACGUGUUGUAUCUAAGAGCAUUGCCAAGCGUAAAACAUGGAGUAAAUUUGGUGAUUCAGCAACUGACAAGCCUGGUCCUAACCCAGCUACCACAAAUGUUUCCGAAGAUGUGUUUAUGCAGUUUAUUAGUAGCAAAGAGGAGGCACAGCGUCCUGAUGAUGGUGAACUUGAUGGAUUGAAACCACCAACUAGCAGUGUAAUAUUUAAAUGUCGUACAUGCCAAGGUGAACAUUGGACUUCUAGCUGUCCAUUUAAGCACACCCAGCUUGCUCAGACGAAGGCUAAUGAAGCUGCUAAAGCUGCAGAAGCUAAAGCAGCUGCGUCAUCUAACAAAUAUGUCGCUCCAAACUUGCGUGAAGGCGCUAGUCGCGGCCGAGAACCCCCAGGCGCAAGACGUGAUGAUGUAGCUGCCAUUCGGAUUUCAAACCUCAGCAACUUUGCGGUGGAAGCUGACCUUGAUGAUCUUGUGAAAGGUUUUGGACCAGUUCACAAAUUGUAUCUUGCAAAGGAGAAGAGUACUGGUCUCUGCAAAGGAUUUGCCUACGUCCACUUCAAGUUUAAAGCUGAUGCUGCAAAAGCUAUCCAGACUCUCAAUGGUCAUGGUUAUGAUCACUUGAUUCUGAAUGUUGAAUGGUCAAAGCCACCACAAAACAACUGA